UCUUCGCCGCAACGCCGGGUGAGUCUCAAUAUUUGCUCCGGCGUCUUGUCGUCUUACUUUUAAAUUUGCAGCCGUCGAAAAGAGAAAGCGCGUCCAAACCGCCCAAGGCUUCACGAGAUCGCCAGUAAACAAGCCCCCACCAUGGCAGAAAGUGAACCAAUCGUCAGCUUCAAGCUUGUGCUGGUAGGAGAUGGAGGAACGGGAAAAACGACUUUCGUAAAGAGACAUCUUACAGGAGAGUUCGAGAAGAAAUAUGUUGCAACUCUUGGAGUAGAGGUGCACCCACUGACCUUCCACACCAACAGAGGAGCCAUCAAGUACAAUGUGUGGGACACAGCUGGACAGGAGAAAUUCGGUGGGCUCCGAGAUGGAUACUACAUUCAAGCUCAGUGUGCCAUCAUCAUGUUUGACGUUACCUCUCGAGUCACCUACAAGAACGUGCCCAACUGGCAUCGUGACCUAGUGCGAGUCUGUGAGAACAUUCCAAUUGUCCUCUGUGGCAACAAGGUGGACAUUAAAGACAGGAAAGUCAAAGCCAAGAGCAUCGUGUUUCACCGUAAGAAGAACCUGCAGUACUAUGACAUCUCUGCCAAGAGUAACUACAACUUUGAGAAGCCCUUCCUGUGGUUGGGAAGGAAGCUGAUUGGUGACCCCAACCUGGAGUUUGUUGAGAUGCCAGCCCUUGCACCCCCUGAAAUCCAGAUGGACCCAACACUUGUUAAACAGUAUGAGGAUGAGCUCCAUGUUGCAUCACAAACUGCACUCCCAGAGGAAGAGGAUGACCUCUAACCUGUUAUCUAAUGUCCCCUCUCCUCCCUCCCUCCCCCCACCCACCGUGGACAAGAACGUUGUUGGAGUUUUGGCCCCUUUUACUGUAAAAUCCCGUUGGAAAAGUUAUUUUUAUUUUUGAACUUUGUUUUGUGUUAAAACUGAAAACGGCAAAGGAAAUACUUGGUGGGGAAGAGUUGUGGUUCUAAUUACACUGUAUAAGACACACCCGCCCUAGUAUUGUCGACAUGGCAACAUGUUACUCUUCAUCAUUUGGCACCCUCCACUGCACUUACCCAGCACACACAAUGCUGUUGUAAGCUCUACAAGAAGCAUCAAGGGGAAUAAAAUUUGAAUAAAAACAUUCUGAAUAGGA